AGGCGUCCCGCUCCUUUUCCCUCGGCCCGAGCAGCAGCUGGAGGCCCCGGCGGGCGGCGGUGAGCCCAGACGGCUGCCCCCUCCCAGGUCGCCCGGCCUCUCGCCCGCACAGCCGCCCAGCACCCGGCACUGCCCCCUACGCCCACCCGCCCCCAGGCGGCUUCCUCGGGGAGACGCGUUCCGGGCAGAGUUCUCACUUCCACCCACGGGGCCGGUGCUGGGGUGCGGCGUCCAGACAGCCCCAAGACCCCUCCGUUGAGCAAGGCUUUCCAUGGCGGACGCCGGCGAAGACCCCACCAUAUUCACCGCCCACUCCCUGCCCAGCGACCCCCGGCUCUGGGCCACCGUGACCAACGCAUACUUGGGCACACGUGUGUAUCAUGACACGCUGCAUGUGAGUGGCGUGUACAACGGGGCGCUGGGGGACACGCACCGAGCCAUCCUGCCCAGUCCCCUCGGUGUCCAGCUGGAGGCCCCCAUGGGCACCGAAGAGCAGCUGACCACGACCUUUGUCCUGGACACCAACACAGGCUCCUUUCUGCACACCCUGGAGGGCGCCCGCUUCCGGGCCUCCCAGCGCCUCUACGCCCACCGCCGGCUGCCGCACGUGCUGGCCUGCAGCGUGGCCAUCGCCCGCCGGGCCCCGGGCGGCCGGCCCGUCACCGUGCCGCUGCGCUCUGCCUUCUCCCCGGAGAGCCCGGACCUGGACCUGCAUCUGGGGCCGGACUUCCAGGGAGCCCGGUACCUGUUCGGCCACACGCUCACCCCCGAGCAGCCUGGGGGCGCGCCGCAGGAGGUGCACAUGCUGUGGACACCCGUGCCCCCCGCCCUGACCCUGGGGGAGGGCGAGCAGAGCAGGACCUGGGAGUUCCUGGCCGUGGUGGCCGGCAGCCAGGCGGAGGCCCGGGCCUGCCUUUCCGAGGCCCUAGAGCUGCAGGCCAGGGGGGCGCUGUACCCCACCCACGCCCAGGCCUGGGCGCAGCUCUGGGAAGGCUGCGGCCUGGAUGUGGAGGGGCCCCUGCCGCUGCGCCAGGCCCUGCGUGGUGCCCUCUACUACCUGCUCAGCGCCCUGCCCGAACCCGGGGCCCCAGGACACGUCUGCCACGGACUCAGCCCCGGGGGCCUCUCCAACGGCAGCCGCGAGGAAUGCUACUGGGGCCACGUGUUCUGGGACCAGGAUCUCUGGAUGUUCCCGAACGUCCUCCUGCUCCAGCCUCAGGCCGCCAGGGCGCUCCUGCAGUACCGCAUCCGGACGCUAGGUGGGGCCCUGGACAACGCCCGGAACCUGGGCUACCAGGGAGCCAAGUUUGCCUGGGAGAGUGCGGGCUCCGGGCUGGAGGUCUGCCCCGAGGACAUCUACGGGACCCAGGAAAUCCACGUCAACGGGGCCGUGGUGCUGGCCUUCCAGCUGUACUACCACAGCACCCAGGACCUGCAGCUCUUCCAAGAGGAUGGCGGCUGGGACGUGGUCAGUGCCGUGGCUGAGUUCUGGUGCAGCCGUGUGGAGUGGAGCCCUGCAGAGGAGGAGUACCACCUGAAGGGAGUCAUGCCCCCCGACGAGUACCACUCCGGGGUCAACAACUCCGUGUACACCAACGUCCUGGUCCAGAACAGGUCAGACCCGAGGCCCGGCCCAGCCCAGCCGUACGGGGGGGAGGGGACGGGGGGCACUGAGUGCCAGAGUUGCAGCCCCUGCCUCUGCCCUAGCCUGCGCUUUGCCGCUGCCCUGGCCCGGGACCUGGGUCAGCCCGUCCCCAGCCGGUGGCUGGCCGUGGCUGACAAGAUCAAGGUGCCCUUUGACGUGAAGCGGAACUUCCACCCCGAGUUUGAUGGGUAUGAGCCUGGAGAGGAGGUGAAGCAGGCAGAUGUUGUGCUCCUGGGGUACCCCGUCCCCUUCUCCCUGAGCCCUCAAGUUCGCAGGAGAAACCUGGAAGUUUACGAGGCUGUGACGUCCCCCCAGGGCCCGGCCAUGACGUGGAGCAUGUUUGCCGUGGGCUGGAUGGAGCUGAAGGACGCCCGGCGGGCAGCGGACCUGCUGGGCAGGAGCUUCGCCAACAUCACCGAGCCCUUCAAGGUGUGGACGGAGAAUGCCGAUGGGUCCGGUGCCGUGAACUUCCUGACGGGCAUGGGGGGCUUCCUGCAGGCGGCGCUCUUCGGGUUCACGGGGUUCCGGGUCACCGCGGCCGGCGUGACCUUUGACCCCAUGUGCCCGGCGGGGGUCUCUGGAGCGUGUGUCUCCGGCAUCUGCUACCUGGGGCACAAGCUUGACUUCUCCUUCUCCGAGGGCUCGGUGACGGUGGAGGUCAGGCCCCCGGCCGGGCCCGGGGCGCCCCCGCUGGAGGUCGAGCUGUGGCCGUCCCAAACCCGGCUCCCCCUGCACCCAGGACACAAGGUCUCCUUUGCCAGCUCUGCGGGCCGGAUACAAAGGUCACCCUUGGAGGAGCCGAGGCAGCAAGUGCUGCUCCCAGAAUGCCCUGGGAGAAACUGCUGAGGACAUUGGAGCCCUCAGCACCCCCCUGGACACCUGUGGGCCCGACCUGGAGCCCCUCACCGGGUGCUGACCUGGCUUUAGGGACCUCUCGGGACCUUCCCUCUGGCACUCCCUAUGUGGGGGUGGGCGGCUGGCUGCUCCGCUCCUCCUGUCACCCAUCUGCCUCCUCCCACCCUCCACCUGCCAGCCAGGCUCAUGGGCUCCAGGGAAGGUCUGGCUUCUUUGGCCUGAAGUUCAAGGCUGCCUCUAGCCCGACCCCUUCCCUGCUCAGCCCGUGCCCACCGCCUCCCACACCAGCAUGCCUGCUCCUGCCCCCGAGGCUGACCCCUGCACCUGCCGUGCCCGAGCCAUUUGCCAGGGAGCGGUGGGCUGGGCGGGUGGCUCUGCUGGGAGGCCGAGGUGGGCGGGCCAAGUGGAGGGCAGGGGGAUGGGGAGGGCUCGGCCUGUGGAAUUGGAGUUACUCUGCCUCAGCCGGAGCUUCACCACCAAGAACUCUCCAUGUGAGGAUACCGAGGCCGCCAUGGCUGGGUCCGGGUGCUCCGGGCUGUCCCGGGAACUCAGCGUCCUUCGUCCCUGGCGCCCCAGCCUCGGGGCCACUUCAGUCAGGUUGGACAGCCCCAUCCAUCCCGUGUCUUUCUUCAAGUGGAGUGCAGAGCGAGAUCCCGUGUCCUCUGUCUGACCAGCAGGAAGGACCGAGCCUGGGGCCCAGGGUUCUAGGCCAAGGCCCUGGGCCUGUCUGUGCGGGGCAGGCUGCUCUGGGCCGGAGGCCCCGCCCGGCGUCUGCGGGGGUCACAGCCUCGCGGCUGGCACAUCACCCCGGGUCCUCGGGUUUCCCAAUGAGGCGAGGCGGGGUCCGCGGGGAAACUUGGCGAGGGCGCUGCCUGUGGGUGCCGGGAGUUGAGGUGAGGGAUGGGGGGCACCUACGGCAGGCCCAGCUGUGGAGCUGAGGCUCCUCUGAAGUCAGGGCGUCCGGUGGAUAGAGUUCCGGCCAAUAACUUGCUCCCUUUGAGCAAGUGGGCAGCCCCCCUCCCAGCUCUGGCCAAGAGUGUUCUGGACAGAGGUGGACCAGGUUCUCCAAGGAGCAGACACCGGGCAGAUGGACUGUGACGGACGGACAGACAGAAGGGGAUGCCAGGUGGGUGGAGGCCUGGGGGGGUCUCAGGCCUGACGCUGUGGGGCAGCACAUGGGUCGUAGUGGCCUCUGAGGGAGGAGGCCAAGUUGUAGCCAGCACACGUGUCAGGGCCACUCCCUAUGGUGAGUCCUUGGUGGCUCUCCUUCCCCCCCAGGGGCCCGGCAGGUCGUAAAGCCGCAGGGACUGUCCCAGGGCAGCAGCCCUGGAGCCAGGGGUGGCACAGGCACCCAGGGACACCACUCCGCUGGAGCCUGAUGCGGCUGCUCCUGUGACCACCUGCCCACUGCCACCUGUGCCCACAGCAGGUGGCCCUCCAAGGGACUCGGGCGGCGGGCACGCAUGCUGGGCUCAGGCCCCUGGUAGGCAGCGGCCUGACUGGGUCAGGGGCCUUCAGCCUGCCUAGGACGCAGCCUGCGUGCCCACGACCUCAUGCCCCCUGGCUUGACUGCACCUCUGUCCUCAGCACCUGGGCGCGGGCGGGCAACCUUCACGCCCAUCACAACCCUCAGGCCAUCCCGUGCGCCCGGGGCCAUGUACCUGGCCCCCCAGAGGCUGAGCCCUGCCCCCAGCCUCUAUCCAGCCAGGUUGGUCCCUUCUUGGGACAAACUUGGAGCUCAGUGCGGGCAGGGGGCCUCCAUCCCGGGCCAAGCGCUGGCACUGCCCUCGUCCUUGGUCCAACUGGGGCCAGCCCAGCACAGGCCAAGGCUUUGUCUCCACCCCCGGCCCCGGCCAGCGCCCCUCGGCCUCAGGGGCUGGCUCAGGGCAGCACACACUGCCCAGCUCGGGGCUGGGGCCUGUGGGCAUGGGUCAGGGACCGUCUCUGCAGGCACAUGGGGAUGGCUGGGCCAGCUGUUGGUGUCGGGGGAGGAGAGGGGUGUGGGCAGGCAGUACGUUGGGAACUCCAAGGGCAGUGGCUAAACAGGCCCCUCCAGCCAGCCCAGGCAUAGUGAAUGGGGCCAAGGGGGCUCCCUGGGGACGGAAAGGACCCUGGGUGGGGUUCAAAACCCAGCCACCCUGUGCUUAAGGCCCUGCAAUUAGCCUGCCCUGUCAUUGGCCCAGCCACACCAAGGCCCCGGGGACCUCACCCAGCCACACAGGGUGUGUGCAUGUGUCUAGCCGCCCCCCUCUGCCAGUCCGCUGGCUCAGGGUGCAAUACAAGGCAUGGGCCUGGCAUCAAGGACCCUGAGAGCGUCCUCACCCCCCAAGUCCCCCCCUGCACAGCUGUGGGGGGGUCCCUGUGUGCAUGAGGGAGACUGUGUGCGUGGAGGGCGUGUGGCCAUGCCUGUGUGCGCCUGUGUCCCGGUCCAGACAUACCUCCGCCCUGCGGGGCCUGAGAUUUCUCAGAGUUAAAGGGACCGACCCAGUGGCCAAAGGAGGAGACGGGCACACACCCAACCCUCGGACAGGAGCGCGCAGGAGCGCUCUCCCUGGCCAGGGACUCCCACUCACCGUGCACGCAGACACGUGCACAGGCGUGCACCCACACACGCAGACCGGGUGGGCACACGUGGAGCCGGGGAGACCCAUCACUCAUGCUCCGGAAGAGAGGCCACGAAACCACGGCGCCCGGCCCGGCAGCCCAGAUGAAAGCUCUCUUCCCAAACGGGAUUCUAAAAGGAGCCGAAGCCGCAGCCACCGGAGCCCCAGGGGACGGCCGG